UCCCCAACCGGGACUUGGCAGGGUACUAUAAGUGUCGAAGGCAUUGGUCUCACAAUUGAAGAGGGUUGCGCCGCCAACAGUUUUGAAUGUGAACAAUUUUGGAAAAUGUCGAAUUUGAGGUACCUCAGACUACAGUAGGCUAAAAUCAAGGGAGAUAUUACGAAGCUUCCUCGAAAUUUGAGGUGGCUUGAUUGGCGAAAGUGCCAUUCGAUUCCCGAGCUAGAUAAUAUGCAUUUGAAGGAGUUAGUCAUUCUCGAUCUGUCUUGGAGUCCAGUCACCAAAUAUUCAAAAUUCUGGAAGAAAAUCUCAAAGAAGGUAGAAAAAUUGAAAGUCUUGAACCUACAAGGAUGUAGAAAGCUACAUGAAUCGCUUGACUUUCCAGCUCCCAUCAAUUUGGAGAUUUUGAUAUUGCGAGUCAAGAAGUUGCCCCUAGAACUGGCCCAGAUGAAAUUUUUGAAGGAACUUCUGAUUGACGGAACCGGCAUCAAAGUAAUUUAUAUUCGGAAAGGUUCUUUGCAGUUUCUUAAUAAACUUAGUGCCUGUGGCUGUGAAAAGUUGAAAGAUAUAUCCACAAUCAGCUACCUAGGGAGUCUCACAAGUCUUGCUUUGGAUGGUGCUGAAAAGGUGCGUGUUCCAAAAACUUUUGAAUUUCCUCAGAAACUCGAGAGACUUUCUUUAAGGGAAUGUCGUAUGUUUGAUAAACUUCCACCUUCCAUCGAUAAGCUGGGGGCUCGAGGUAAUGGACCUUUCAUCCACUGGAAUCACAGAACUACCAGAGUCAGUCAAGGAAUUGAGAAAUUUGAAGACGCUGAAGAUGGAACACACUCACCUACAAAAAUUUCCUGAAUAUAUUGUGAAGUUAGAGAAACUGGAAGAGAUAGAUUUCUCUGGCUGCAUAAGUUUGGGGGCCCAGUUCCUUGUGAUAUUUCAGUAUUAUCCUGUUUAAGAAUUUUGAGAUUGUCGUCAUCCAAUGUGGCUGGGCUGACUCAGGACAUUUGCGUUCACUCUAGCCUCCAAAUCCUUGACAUCCUUCAAUGCAAACCGACUUCAAGAACUACCAGCGUUGCCCUCCAGUUUAUUCAGUCUCCGCUGGGGAUCCAGAAACAUGGAAGUCCCCAACUUGUCAUAUCUGACAAAUCUGAAAGAGCUAUGCUUAAAUGAUGAUGAGCAGCCAGAAGGGGGGUCAUCGAGUCAGACCCCAAAUGUCGAGUGGAUCACGAGAUUACCAAGUCUAGAGACCUUGCAAUUGUCCGUUUCAAAGGUCACCAAUCUCCCUGGGAAUUUUAGUGCCCUUACUCAGCUCCGGGAACUCUCUUUAUCCUACAUGAAGGAGCUAGACCUCACACAACUUCCCUCCUCAAGCUUAUUGACUUUGCGGCUCAAAUACUGCAAGAUUCCGGAGCCAACAUUUUCUAGUCUGCAACAUCAUCUGUCAGAACUAGAACUAGAAUACUGCGAAUUAGCAGAGAUUGAUGGUCUUAAAGAUUUAAAUCGUUUGGUAGUCCUGACAUUGUCUCAUUGCAAGGGUGUGACAAACCUUAACGGGCUCAAGGAUUUACGACGUCUCAGGAAGGUGAAAGGUAUCUUUGAAGAUCGACCCAGUCUACCAAAAUUAUCCAAGCGUGUUAAACAGGACAUAUACCCAGAGGCUUAAUAGUCUCUGUCCUGUACGAACUGCUGUUGUACUUUCGAGUCUUCGACAGGACAUCUCCUUUUAGUCUAAGAAGCUGGAUUGGAGAGCGACCUAAGGGUAACAAACUACCCCAGGCAAAUUCUUGGCAUCCAGCGAUUGGUAGCGGCGUCAACAGUCCCUCAUCAAACCAUUGCUGAAGGUAACCCUACACUUGAAUUGCUGCAUAUAUUGUCAGUGUUCUAUUUGUACUGCUUUUAUAAAGGUGUGAUUCACCAAAACACCGUUCACUGUU